AUGUUGGAUGUAACUGUACGGAGAGUACUAGUUAUCUCGGCUAGUGUGAGGAUCACGUUACUUGUCUUGUGCGAGGAAAAUAGCCAGGAUGUAGCAGUGGCAAAUCACAUGAUACUCAAACUACCCGAGCGCAUGAGUACCUUGUUGGCUGGCCCGCUAUCCCACUUUAGCCAAGAUCUGUCCUGCUCAUUGAUCCUCGGGGCUUGCGGGCACAAAAACAAGGCCAACGCCCUGGCUCGUAUUCGCAUGCUUGUGCGGUGCAAGACACGGCAUCCAGCAUUGUGCAAAUGCUUGUGCAAAGGCCGCCGAAAAAGAAGAAGAAGAAGAAGAAAAGUUGCCAAGGGGAGUAUGGGGAUACAUUGA